CUCACCACCGUAACUAGUCUAAACAAUUACAUGGCGAGUCUCUGUCUCUCAUCGUCCCGGAUCGUCUCACUUCACCAUCAGAAACCAUUUCUCUCGCUUCAACUCCGGCCUCGUCCUUCAGCUCUCUCUGGUCUAGGUCACGCUACGAGUUCUCUUUGCUUCAAUCCGCUGAGGUCAUCGGCUGAUCGUCGCCGAACCGCUACGGUGCUGACGAAAGUUGAGAAGCGGAGGAAGAGAGGAUCGAGUGUGGUCUGUUAUGCUGCUCCGAUGUUGUCUGUUCAUAAUCUACAAUGGAUCUCCACAAUUUCUUGCGUCGCAUUGAUGUUUGCAAGGGGUACUGGUAUCCAUAAGUCCUUUGUUGUUCCACUAUUCGCUCUACAAGCACCAUUGGGCAUUGUUUCCUGGAUGAAGGGUGAAUAUGGAAUCUGGGCAGCAUUUCUGGCGCUUCUUACUCGACUUUUCUUCUCGUUUCCAGGUGAACUUGAGCUGCCAUUCAUUGCAUUACUCUUGGUGAUUGUGGCACCAUAUCAAGUUAUGAGCAUAAGAGGGAAACAAGAAGGGGCUAUCCUUUCUUUAGCAAUCUCUUGUUUUCUGGCUUUCCAGCAUUUCUCACGAGCAGGCAGCUUGCAGAAAGCAUUUGAUCAAAAUUCAGUUAUUGCCACUGUAGCAAUAAUUGGUGUCGCAGUUGUAUCGUUCCUUUUCUUGAUAUAACUAUGCUCCUAACAAAAGGGCUCAUCUGUAAAAAGCACUGUAACAAUUUCUAUGAAGAGACAUAAAAUAAUGUGCUAUAUUUAUUUGCUCAAUUUCAAUACUUAAUGCAAACGUGCUUGCAUAUU